GCCAGAAAUGAAAUCGCGGGAAAAUGCUUCUUUCACUUUCACUUUUUAACAAUGCAAAAAUGACAGAUUCAGAUUGAAAAUGUGGUUAUUAAAAUCUUUAUCAGGGCCAGAUAAAACGUUUUAUUUGUUAUCAAACAACGUGUAUGUAGUCGGACGAAAAGAUUGUGAAAUUGUCCUUCCAUCUGACCAGGCUGUCAGCAGAAAGCAUGCUCAAAUAAAAGUUUCACAUCCAGAAAGUAACAUUUCUAAGCCAGACAGAUUACCAGUUGCUUCACUGACAGACCUGUCAAAGUUUGGGACCUGGCAUAAUAAUGUCAAACUUAAUAAAGAGGAGGAGAUAACUCUGAAUGAUGGUGACCAGGUCAUAUUUGGAUCUCCGAGGUCCUCCUUCAGAGUGGUGUAUGAGCCCUUCAUUAUAUCAACCUCAUGUCUAGACAAUCCAUCCAAGAAACUGAUGCGAACACUUGUGACCUCAUUAGGUGGUCACUUGGUCAGUGAAUGGUGUGCAGAGUGCAGUCUACUGGUGAUGAAUAAUCUCAGCGUUACCAUCAAGGUCAUUUCAGCAUUAGUUUCACAAAAGCAUAUAGUUACCCCAGCAUACAUUGAAAAUUUUGUCCAACACAUCAAAGAGGGUGGUCCAAUGCCAGAACCAGAUUUGUACCUGCCUAACAUUUCAGAAACUCAGAUUAACCCAGAUCAAGUGUCAUUUAAACCUGACAUCAAGCGAGCUUCAGUAUUCCAAGGCAUGAAGUUCAUCUUCCUAAACUCCAAGCAAUUUAAAAAAAUGAAUCUUACGAUCGAGAUGGGAGGAGGCCUGCCUAUUCUGAUGGACGAGCCAUGUGAUGAUGACCUGGAGAUGAUGGUGGAGCCUGGCUCUGUGGUGAUGCAGAGCAACCCAUCUGAUGCAUCACAAGGAUUCUCACAACAAAACAUAGACUGGAUCACGAAAAUUAUCAAGUAUCUCAAAAAACACAAGAAACAUGUGAUCCAGGACGCUGAGUUAGGGUUUGCCGUUUUACAUUGCUCCACGGAACAACACUGUAACCCAGACGUGCCUUUCAUGAGUCAGAUCCCACAGCCCCACAUGCCCUCUCAAUCACUUACACAGACGGAUGUACUCGCUCUAAACACAGAACCGGGGGCCAGGUCACCUGUGAUAGAGAGUAAAGAUGAUUCUGAUAAAAUCAAUGAGACGAAGAUCAAACCAAAGAUUGAAAAAUGUGAAAAAAUCACAACACAAAAAGAAUCCAAGAAGACAGACACCAAACUUCGCCGACAAAUUUCUGAAAAUGAGACUGCCAGAGAAACGACCCAAUUAGAGACCAUGGAACCAAGCAACUUUAGAAAUUCAGCAUCGACUGACACUUUGGAUGGACAGUGUUUGGGGAGACAAAUCAAAAAGGAAAAGAUAACUCCAGAAAAACGAGAAGCUGUCAGACGAAGUCCAAGAAGAUCGCCAAGCCCAGCAAACUUGAGAGUUUCGGCAAAAAGGUUAACAGAAAGGUCACAAAGGUCACCUAGUCCUGUCAGACGAAGUACAAGAAGGUCACCUAGCCCAACAGACUCGAGAGAUUCCCCCAAAAAAUCAACAGAAAGGUCACCUAGUCCUGUUAGACAAAAUCUAAGAAGGUUGCCAAGCCCAGAAAACUUGAGAGCUUCCCCAAAAAAGUCCACCGAAAGGCCUCCUAGUCCCAGUCCAUGGGGAGAAACAGCAUCCAUAAGAAAGUCUGAUCAGAAUAAAACAGGAUCCAAGACGACUGACGUCAAAGUGGAAUCACGGUUCGAUUCAUUGGAGUUGUCCAGUGUGUAUGAGACAGAAAGGAAUAAGGAAUCUGUGACUGUAGACUUGAAAAAGGAUGAAUGGUCCUCAAAACAAAAAAAGACACAGAAGACAGAAUCUAAAUCAAUGCUGAAAAAGCCUUAUUCUGCCAGAGGAAGUCCAGCAACAUCAACAUCAAGUGGGAAAACGAGAGAGAAGAGGAGAAUUAUUGUGGAAGAUUCAGAUGACGAGGAUCCACCUAGUAUAAAGAGAUCAAGAAAUGAACCUCAAAUGGAAGAUGAGGAGGACUUAUUCGAAGUGGAACCAAGUCAAUCAAGAAAUAGACCUCAAAUUGAAGAUGAGGAGGACUUAUUUGAUGUGAAACCGAGUCAGUCAAGGGGCGCUCACGCUCGCACAGACUCCUCCGAUGUAGAUGAAGGAGAUUUGUUUGAUGUGGAUGAUUCCACACUGAGCAAAGAACAUCAACAGAAAUCUACCCAAGUAAAAAGGAGCGGCAGAAACUUGCCUCUGAAAGCAGGAUCUGAUGAGGGUGUGCUUAAUUUAUCUGAGGAGUCCCCCGAGAAGUCAACAAAGACAUCAUUAGAAAAGACUGCACCAAAUAGACAGAUAGGAAGGACAAAUGGAGAUAGCAAGAUUGUUAGAAUGAAGGAAAAACCUCCAGAGGUGAAUGGACAGACAGAGGACAGGAUUAACAGAAGUACGACGGAAACUCCAGAGGGUUUCCUGAAUACGAAACGACACAUGGAGAAUGUUGUGAUAAAGUCUGAAGUUGUGAAGGAAGAAGAUCUGCCGUCUCGGUGCAUCAUUACAAAGUUUGUGGAUCUGGUCGCCCGCCCUGUACGAUCUGCACCACCAGAUUCAGGGGAGGCUACUCCUUCAGGCUACAUCAGAUGGAAGGGGAAACUGGUCAGGAACUUCAAGAAAUUCAGAAAGAACCAGAAUUGUGGAUCGAAUGAUCUGCCUCGAAUCAUUGGAGGAAGCGACUUACAACCCCACGUCCCCGCGCAGAGAAAGGAGACAGACGAAUGGUUCAGAGAGGCUCUAGAGGCCGAGAGCCAGCAGUCGGAGGCAGAAAGACGGGCUCAGGAGUUAUUUGACUAUGAACCAAAUAAGUUGAUUCAGAGACAUCAACGUCAGGUUGAAAGGUCUCUCCAGCUAGGCCGAAAAGGACAAGCUCUUCACUACAUGGGAUGCAAGACCGUGGUCCAAACUGUGAAGUACUUCUACAAACAAUACUACGUCCGCAGCUGGCUACAGGUGCAGGUUCAUGCCUGGGAAAUCAUGCACGCCCUGGAUACCAACUGCGAUCCCCCUAACUUCGUGACAACCACGGCAAACUUCCAGAACGAGAGGAUGCAACCCUAUAAGUAUCACCAGGCACAAGUUGCUGCCCAGUGUAGUUUCUCAAGGCUCACAUCCAGCAUGGGAUAUUGGAGAUCUGCAAAAAAAUUAGGCAAGGCUGUUUUAAUCCAGCAGUUGCAGUGUGGUAGUAUUUACCCCCAGCAGACAAAACGUUUGGUGUCCUCCCAAACAUGUAUGACAUACUCCAGGCUGUCUCUUCUCCAAAGGAAAUGUACACAGCACAUGAGUAGAUUCUACUGCACAGUGGAUCCUCACACCAAAGCAACAGGAAUUAUUCAGGAGAAAGAUACAGAGGAUGACCCUGUUCCACAUAAAAAAGGAGGGGAGACCAUCCCUCCAGAGAGUGGCUUUAGUAAGAAGAAAAGCACUAGUAUGAGGAGUACGAUAAGGAACUUUCUAAUGAAGUACAAGUUACCAGUCGAGUUGGGCCACACUCACUUUAUCACAUCCUGUGAUGCCGCCAAAACAGAAUCACCAUCUGGAAAAAACAACUUGUAUAUUAAUUAUAACACAGGUUCAUUUGUAUGCACCACUUGUCAACACUACGGUGAGUGGUCCAGUCUGAGAAAGAAAUUCCUCGCUGAUACAAAGUUAGAAAACAAAAAAACCAUACAGUGUUUUCAAGAUGGAGAGGAAGUAGAGAGAGUGAAGCGAUACGUUGACAAUGGAUCAGAGUACACGGAGAAUAAAAUUCCCAUCACUUCGAUGUAUGAAGAAGAGUUUACAGCAAUGACUCACCUUUAUCAUUGCCAGGGAUUGAAACCGGAAACUUUCUGCAGACAUGGCAUCCUGUACACAACAGAUGACAACAAUCUUCCUAUUCUGCAUCUGCCUUAUGUAAAUCCAGCUCAACAAAUGGUGGGAAUGAGGACCAUGUAUCUACAGCACACAGCGACACGUCCAGAGAAGAGCACAAAAGGGAGGGAAUCAAAUGAGGAAGAGGAGGGAGAGGAUGAGGGCCAGAUGUUUGAUGUUGUUAAGAGCUUUGAACCAAGGAUAGGAUUUCAGCAGCUGUUUGGUUGGCAUGGCUACAAGAAAGACUACAGGAAAUACGAGAAUGUUGUGAUUACUUCCUCAGAGUUCGAUGCUAUGGCAAUCACACAGGAAACAGACAUGCUAGGAUUGGCUGUCCCUAAGGGAUCAGAGCUCCCUCUUGAGUGCUUGCAUUCCUUGGAACAUGUAAAGAAAAUCAUCAUCUGGCUUGGAGCCAAUGACAGUACACGGGCCACAUCGAGAUUGUUUGCCAAGAAACUUGCUGGCAAAAACAGAUGUUCUAUUGUCAGACCGGAGAUUGUCAAAGUGUCUGGGCCACUGAAUGCUCUACAAAAGAAGAAGAAACUGAAGGAAAUUCUCCGAGAGUGUGUUCCUGUUGACCUUGACAACAUUGUUGGAUUUGAAAGCCUGACAAACGACGUGUAUGCUGAGUUUUCUAACUUGGAACAGGUCACAGGGGUCAAGUGGAAGCGGUUUGCGCAGAUGAAUCAUCUAUUGCGUGGAUUGCGACCUGGAGAACUCACUCUGUUCACUGGUUCCACGGGCUGCGGAAAAACAACAUUCCUCGGGGAAUACUCGCUGGAUCUCUGUAUGCAAGGAGUGAAUACCUUAUGGGGGAGUUUUGAGAUUAACAACAUUCGUAUGGCAAAGAUGCUGUUAAAACAAUUUGCAGUUAAGUCAUUUGAGGACUCCCUUGAGGAUUAUGAAGUCUGGGCCAAUCGCUUUAAAGAACUGCCAUUGUAUUUUAUGACAUUUCAUGGACAGGAAAGUUUUGAUAUUGUGAAAGAGACUUUGAUCAGAGCUGUGUAUGCAAAUGAUGUACAACAUGUAAUUCUGGAUAAUCUGCAGUUCAUGAUUGGUUCAGGCUACGACAACAAUUUUAACAAGUUCGAUGUUCAAGAUUUUGUCAUCGGAGAGUUAAGAAAGUUUGCCACAGAUUUCAACUGUCACGUGACUCUCGUGAUACACCCAAGGAAGGUGGUAAAGAACCGUUUUGAUGGAACCACAGGCACAAUGAUGUUGAAGUUUGACAAGGAUUCACUGACAUUUUCUGGUGCGAAUUCCAACAGAAAAAAAUCGAAAACGAAAACGUCCCCUGAGGACACAAAUGAAGAUGUCAUAGAUGAGAAGAAAUUAAAGUACAAAGUAUAUCUGGAUGAAGAGGGAACUACUUACACAGAUAAAGGCCCAAAGCCUGAAUCAGGACGAUUUGUUUGUUUUGAUCACGUUACAUUCUGGGUUGGAAAUGCAAAGCAGGCAGCCUCGUAUUACUGUGUGCGUGUGGGGUUUGAGCCCUUUGCCUAUAAAGGGCUGGAGACUGGAAGCAGACAGGUUGUGUCUCAUGCUGUCAAACAAAACAAGAUGAUUUUUAAUUUCCAGUCUGCCUUGGAGCCCAAUAAUCCCAAAGAAAUGGGAGAUCACCUUGUAAAACAUGGGGAUGGGGUCAAGGACAUUGCCUUUGAGGUGGAGGAUAUUCAUGCCAUAUUCAAGAGAGCUGUAACUAAGGGAGCCAUUGUUGUUAAGGAACCGUGGGAGGAGUCAGAUGAGGACGGUACUGUCAAAAUGGCUGUCAUUAAAACGUACGGUGACACGACACACACUCUGAUAGACAGGUCGGGGUAUAAAGGAGUAUUUUUGCCAGGGUACAAGGCCACAACACACAAGGACCCCGUUACCGAGCUGCUACCCAAACCCCAUCUUCAGCGUAUUGAUCACAUUGUAGGGAACCAGCCUGAUAAUGAAAUGACCAAUGCUGCAGAUUGGUAUGAAAAGAACCUUAUGUUUCAUCGAUUCUGGUCUGUGGAUGACUCUCAAAUCCACACAGAGUAUUCUGCACUCCGUUCUAUCGUGGUUACAAAUUAUGAGGAAACCAUUAAAAUGCCAAUCAAUGAACCGGCUCCAGGCAAACGGAAAAGUCAGAUUCAGGAGUAUGUGGAUUAUUAUGGAGGAGCAGGAGUACAGCACAUUGCCAUGUACACCAAUGACAUCAUCAACACCGUGUCAAAUCUUAAAAAGCGAGGACUGCAGUUCUUACAGAUCCCCGACAGAUAUUACAAAAACCUGAUAGAGAGGUUAAAGAAAUCGAAAGUGACAGUUACCGAGGACAUGGACACAAUCCGGAAGUUGCACAUUCUGAUCGACUAUGAUGACAAUGGAUACCUUCUGCAGAUCUUCACAAAAAUCAUGCAAGACAGACCCACAAUCUUUCUAGAGGUCAUCCAAAGAAAUAAUCACCAGGGCUUUGGAGCUGGAAAUUUCAAGUCGCUGUUUGAGGCCAUUGAGGUGGAUCAAGCGGAGCGUGGGAAUCUGUAAUUCUUGCGACAGUGUGGUGUUGUGGGAUCAGAUCUGUGGGACUUUAUGAAACCAUGCAGUAUUUCUCUGCUAUUCCUCCAUUGUAUAUAUACUGACAUACAUUAUUUAAUACAUUAUGUUCUCCUGUGGGUUGCAUCAAAUUUGCUUUUGUUAUUUACUUAGAAAUACAAUGUGCAUACAAACUGA